AUGGAUAUGGAUGGUGUGAAUAAGGUUUCAUCAUCAUGGGAUCAGUGUGAUAAUGAUAGGAUGGUGAAGAUUGAAUUUGAAGCUGCCGAGGCGUUGGCUGGAUUAGCCCAUGUGUCAUCCGAGUCUCAUAAUAAUAAUAAUGUUGUUGAACAAGUUAAAGAUGAGUCUAUUGAUGAUGCUUGCAACUCUUCUUUUGACACUUUUCCUAAGUCUUCUACCAUUUCAUAUGAGGAUGCAAAACAAUUUAUGGUCAAAAAGUCACAGACAACGGGCUUGCUGGCUGCGAAGUCGGUGAAGGAUGAGCAGAGCACUGAACUUCGACUUGAUCCUAAUUACCGAACAAAUUGUGUGUCAAGUGGGAGGAAAUCUAGACAAAAUCUGACCGAGGCUGAAAUGGAAGCACGUAAAAUCCGCAGAGUUCUAGCAAAUAGAGAGUCGGCUAGACAGACUAUCCGUAGAAGACAGGCUGUUUUUGAGGAGCUCACAAGAAAGUCUGUUGAUCUGGCAUGGGAGAAUGAAAACCUGAAAAGGGAUAAGGACGCUGCUUCAAAACACUAUGAUUCUCUGAAGACGAAGAACGAAUGCUUAAAAGCAAUGAUGACCCGGAUAAAUACUAUUGAAGCAGAGGAAACCAAAGAAGACUCGAUUACUACAAACGAACCAACCAUUUCUGCAUCAUCCACAAAUUCUCCUUUUGUUAUAUACAACCAACCACCCUUCCUGCCAAUUGUAUGGCCAAAUUCGGUCCCGUUACAAUGUGGCCAAACAGCCGGAAUAGUUUUUCCAUCUCAUAUCCCAAUAUCAACAGCCAGUAAUCCCGAUUCAUCAUCAUGUGAAGAAGGGAGUUCAAUGAGCCCACUAUAUUUACUACCGUAUCCUUGGGUUGUUACUGUCCCUCAAAAUAACCAUGAACGCCGACCUCAUUCUUUCAACUUAAAUGACAAACCGAAAGAGAUUCUUGAAUGCAAUCAAUUCUUCCCGGAAAAGGUGAAAUCAGAAACACCUUUAAGCGGGUUCCCACCAGAUGGAGGUGGUCGACAGAGCGCCACCACCGAUUCAAACCUUAAAGUCAGUAUACCCGCAGCAUCUUCUGUGAGUUGUGAAGAACUUAUUGAACAUGAUCAUGAUACUAAUACUUUUCUUAAAGAACAUCUUAGGGCUACUACUACUAAAGUUGGUGAUGAUAGUGAACAAAUGUUAGGGGAAAAUUUUCACAAAAUUCACCAAGUUCCAAUUGUUUGCUCAGGCAAGAGAUUAGGUGACUUGGCAGCCGCGACCGAGGCCAGGAAGAGGAGAAAAGAGCUGACCAGACUAAAGAACCACUUCCAUUGCCGACAACUAAGGAUGCAUUAGACGGGCCGAAUAAAUA